AUGACUAGCGCUGAGCCUACAUACUCGGCAGGAGACAAGAAGAUGGAUGAGCUUCUUGCUUCAUAUAUUUCUCUGCGGCUGCAUGUUCCUCGAAAUGAUCAAACAGCCUUUUCAAAAACUCCGACAAGUGUUGCUGGUGAUGCAGUUGUGCCUGAGCCUGGACAUAUGCGGCGUCAAUCGUCGUUAUCGCCUACAUCUUAUCACGCACAUAACCAAUAUGCCACUACCGAUCAAAAAAAAUCUCUAAAGCCCAGCACGAUUGCGUUGCAAGCACCAACAAGGAUGAUUUCUAAGCAAUACGACUGCUCAUUGGCAACUUUAGAUGAACACGGCUCAAUCCAAGGAGAAAUGCUUGUAGACAGAAAUCUGUAUACCUUGAAUCAACACAGUAGCCCUACUUGUAAUAAUCAAGGAUCUAGUGAAAUGCCUGCGAGCAGGCACUUGCGACGAAUGGAAAGUGACAGCACCAUAUCCACUGCCAUCUCUAAGCAUGAUUAUUCUUUCAAGUUAGCCAACAAGGCCAACAGAUAUGCUCCCAUUACGACUUACUCGAACCAACCCACUCAAUUUAGAAAUGAGCAGGCAUUAUGGGAUAGCAAGGAAGAUGACGAUACAGCAUCGAACAUAUCGUUUCAAGAGCGUGAUUAUUAUGGUCCUCAAAUGACACCCCAGUUAAAGAAUGAGAUAACGCACUUUGAUGCACAGGUAUUGCUGGCUGAAGUGCUAUUGGUUAUUUAUACAUUUCUUGAUGUCUCUGGUUCAUAUGCACGGGGUAUGCGACCCACCGGAUUUAUGAGUUUUUCCAGCAAGAGCAGUAGAAUAUAUUCUCAGCUUGCUUUGAAAUCAAAAGAAUCUGUUGCAUCUUUAAAGUCUGAACAAGGCUCGACAGUGUACAACAAGGAUAGAUGCACCAAGAUGUUUACUGACUAUGAAGCAACAUCGUGUGCAAAUUCCGAGAUUUUACAAAAGCCUCAAAAGAGAUCAUCGGCGAUGAAAAGAUUUUCUGGUGUUGCCAACCAGAUCAAAUCACAAGUGUCGUCUUUUUUCUACAACAGGCCUUUAUCAAUUCAUCCUCAUUUCGAUUUUUCAAAUGCGGCGUAUCAUCCAAUUAGAUCGAGUUCUGCUGCAAGUACAAAUGCCGACAGUCCAGUUGAUGGUGCAAACCGUACAACCCAAAGUCUCAAAAUCUUGUCAAAUGCAGAAUCUACUGACCCAGCUUUGCUUACAGAGCUGUAUCAAGAAGCCUCUAUUAGGUAUAGCCAUCUCAAGGCGACAUUGGGGACAGUGAGAUUUGCUACCGUACAGCAAUUGAAGACUCGAGAUGAUUUAGGCUAUUUCAGCGAGAGAGGUACUCAUUUGUGCAACCCGAUGCUCCUCCAGCAUCUCUCCUCUAAUGAUAUUUCGUGGAUGAAUAAUACUAUCCAGUCCCUCUCGUCAGAUGCGUUCGUGGAUCUAUUUUUUGAUGUUGUGGUUGCCGACUUUAGUUUCCCAGAUGCAUUGGAAAAGUACUGCACUAAACGAUAA